AUGAGUGAAGAAUUAACACAAGAUGAUCCUUAUGAACUGGAAAUUAAUAACCUUCGAACAGCUGAAAAUCUUGGGUAUGAUAAUUUGAAGUUUAGAUCCGAGACUGAACGGUUAAAUGAUGAUAAUGGGUCUGCUAUAUUUGAUAUCGGAGAUGAACAUGAUGAUGAUGAAGAAUUUAAUAAGUGGGAUGACGAACAAUCUACCGUAAGAGCAAGUCAUGGUGGUAGCUCUUCAAGUCAUGAAGCAACUCCUCAAAGGAUAAAUGAAGAAGAAAACCAAGAUCAUAUCGAGCAAGAAAUUUCAAAAUUGAAUUAA